GGCACGCACGCUGGCACAGGACACGCUGGGCAGCCCCCAGUGAUGCCCCUUCCCUAGGCCUGAGCGUGGCCAUGGAGCUGAGAGCCCUGUUCCUGCUGCCACUCUGCUUCCCAGGUCUCCAGAGCCAAACCCCAGAAGUCCAGAGACGACGGGAAGGGGACACUCUAUACAUCCAGUGUCCUUAUGCACCGUGGACUACUGACCAGCAGAUAAAAUAUUGGUGCCUCCCCUGGGGAAAUGGAGGAUGCCAAGAAGUCCUGCGCACAUACCUUGAAGACAGCGUACAAUCCAGUGAUAAGAGAAUUAAAAUAAAGGAUAACAGAACUAGUAAGACUGUUUCUGUCACCAUGACUGACCUCAAGGCAGAGAACUCAGGCACAUAUUUCUGUGCUAUUUACAGCUCUUACAGUAACUAUCCACGGCUAAAGACGAUCUCACUGAUUGUUUUCAGGGAGCUGCUCAGGUGGGAGCUGGACACCCUGACAGUGCAGUGCCCAGCGGGGUAUGGCAUGGCCUGGUGCCGAGGGCAGACUGACUGCACAGGCCCAGCGGGGAGACAGACAUCUUCAAAACAGAGUCAAACGAAAUCCCUGCAAGACAGAGUGACAAUGCAGUAUAAUGGUCAAGGGGCUCUCGUUGUCACCAUGAAGAACCUGAAGAACCAGGACUCUGGUGUGUACUGGUGUGCACUGGGCUCUGGGCACACCCGGAAAAUGGAGAUCGUGCUCUCUGUGUUCAAGAGGACCCAGAAGCUCCCAGCCAAGGAGUCAGGCAUUGUCUCUGUCCAGUGUCACUACAAGAUCGCAGACUACCAGGCUGUCAGCAAAGCCUGGUGCAAAAUCAAAGAGGGGAAAAUGUGCAACGUGCUGGUGACCACCAGAUCAGAGUCCCCAGCAGGAAACAGCACGGCUCGGGGGGGUGUCAGGAUCCAGGAUGACACCCAGCAGGGCAUUGUCACCGUCACCAUGGAGCAGCUGCAGGUGCAGGACUCGGGCGUGUACUGGUGCGCGCUCCAGGACGGCUCCGAUCUGCUCCGCAUGGAGGAGGUCACGCUCAGCGUUUCCAAGGCGUUGCCUCCGGGAGGUUUUCCAGACUCUGAAAGGCGAAGUCAAGAAAUUCUUUUGGGUGACAGCUGCAGUGGGAACACCUUCCUCAUCCUGUCCGUGGUGCUGCUCAUCCUGCUGCUCCUGGCCCUCCUCACCUCCAUAGCCCUGGCUGUCAGGUACUCCAGGCUCCUGCUGAGAACAGGUACCAGCGAAGCAGAGGACACCAGUGACAGAGCAGAGGGCACAGCACAGCCUGGCAGCACUGGGAGGAGGGAAAGUUCCCAGGAUGACAGCAAAGGGCCAGCAUACAUCAACCUGGAUGUGCAAUCCCACCCCAACCCCGAGGAUCCUCUUUACUGCAACGUGGAACUGGGUCAGGCUCCCAGGAACCCCCAGCAUGUGGAAUAUGCCGUCAUUGCCUUCAACCAGUCCCCAAGGACCGGCAGGGAAUGAAGCCCAGAAUCCCAAACAAGCCAGAAAUGGGAUGAAGGAACUGGAAUACAGAGUGGGAAUGAGGAGUAGGAGGUGUGUGUGGUGUUGCCUGGGCAUUUUCAGCCCUCCCUCCUGUUUUAGGGCCAGGCAGAGGUUUUGUCACACUCACAGCAGAUUGUCUCGGGUCAGGCAGAGCUGUGGGGGAAUUCCACAGAUCUCCUGUACAUCUGCUUUUCCAAUUCCAUUAAAGUGCAGAAUCUUGGAGAGGCAGGUGUGGAGGCCUGGCCUUGUGAAAAGGAGAAGUGCGGACAUGGCUGGGUGGGAUAUCCCAGCUGUGUCCUGGUACAAACCCUGCCCCAAUCCCAGGAAUUCAGCUACUAUGGCCAAGCAAACUCAUUCCAGUGCUGCACUCAAACCUCGCUGUGGCUGGGUUCAUUUUCAUGGAAUGGGCUGGGGAUGUGAGUGCAGGAUUCUAAGAAUAAGCAGAACCAGCUCCUGCACUUCCCAGUCUCUGCUGGAAACGCUCCAAAUGACACAUUUUAUUUAGCAGUCAUGUGGGGAGCAACAUGACAUGAGUUUAUGGGGCUCAGUUCCAUUUCUCCAGGAGCUCUGGCUCCUGAUUUCCCUGCACCAAGCCCUGCUGGAGGUGACAGACCAAAGGGGCCUGAACCAGCCCUCAUUCCCAGGCCAGUCACAUCCAACAGGUUUCUCUUGCCAGGGCUGCAGCAGGGAGGCUGAUGGAAAUUUUUCAAGAUUUUCAGAGUUGACCUGACCGAAAGAAAAAGAAAAUGGUUCUGGAAAUGGUUCAUUCAGCCCAACAUUCCCCUAACAAUUUGAUCUUCGUGCAGUUGCACUGGGUCAAGCUGUGGAAGAGUAAUAGCAAAAAACAGUGGAGUGGAAGAGAGGCAUUUUUGGGAAGAUUCUUGAAGAGAAUCCAGAUUUGUGCUCACUGGAACAAGAAAGAACAAACCUGCAAUCAGUCACCUGACAAAGAAUUUCUGGUCACUGUGAGGGACCAUUUUCU